AUGACCAUGCUUUGGAUCGCCAGCUGUUUCGCCCUCGUGGUGUCUGCCCUGGGCUGUGGAAGUCCCGCCAUCAAGCCCCAGGUGAGCGGCUACAACAAGAUCGUCAACGGAGAGAACGCCGUGUCCGGCUCCUGGCCCUGGCAGGUGUCUCUUCAGCAAUCUAAUGGAUUCCACUUCUGCGGAGGUUCUCUGAUCAACCAGUACUGGGUCCUCACCGCUGCCCAUUGCCGUGUCAGUGCCAGGUCUCACCGUGUGGUCCUCGGGGAGCACGACCGCGGCUCCUCUGCUGAGCCCGCCCAGGUCAAGACCAUCGCCAAGGUCAUCUCCCACCCUUACUACAACUCCAACAACUUCAACAACGACAUGACGCUGCUGAAGCUGGCGAGCCCCGCCCAGAUGACGUCCCGCGUCUCCCCCGUCUGCCUGGCCUCUCCCAGCACCAGCAUCCCCGCCGGCACGCGCUGCGUCACCACCGGCUGGGGCAAGACCGGCUCCACCUCGAGCCCCCGUAUCCUGCAGCAGACUGCCCUGCCUCUGCUCAGCCCUGCUCAGUGCAGACAGCACUGGGGCAGCAACAGGAUCACCGACGCCAUGAUCUGCGCCGGAGCCUCUGGAGUCUCCUCCUGCCAGGGUGACUCUGGUGGCCCUCUGGUGUGUGAGAGCGGAAGUGUGUGGUCUCAGGUCGGCGUCGUCUCCUGGGGCACCAGCAACUGCAACGUGCGCACCCCUGCCGUCUACGCCCGCGUGUCCUACCUGCGCAGCUGGAUCGACCAGACCGUCGCCCGCAACUAG